AUGAUCCGAGCCCUUCUCCUGAUUGCUCUGGUGCCAGCCGUAGUGUACGGUAAUGUUGGCCGUGCCUGUACCUUGGAUCGUCCGGAGCCAACCAAUGUGAACAUCAUAGGUUGCAGUGCUCCGCCUUGCGAUCUGACCCGUGGCCAGGAUGUGAUCGCGUACAUCGAUUUCACCACUGACCGGGUUGUUACCUCCAUGACGACCGUCCCGACGGCCACCGCUCUUGGUAUCACCGCACCCUAUCCACUGCCGGCUGAGUUUGCCGAUACCUGCGCCUGGCUCGAAGGUUCCAACUGCCCACUGAGUGCCAACGAGGACGUUACCUACCGACUAACGAUCCCGGUGCUGCCAAUCUAUCCGAUAGUGAGUUUGAGCAUCGAAAUCGAUAUUGUGGACGAAAGCAACGAAACUGUCGCCUGCUUCGUGGUUGAUGCGCAAGUCGUUCCGGCGAAUUAA